CAAACGUCAACACUGUUUUUAUAAUCGCCAUAUCUCUAAAUGUGAGUUUUACUAUUACAUUGAAUUACGGCGGUCAAUAUCAUGUGGUGACGGGUAUGCGUUUUAUAAUGGUGUUUUAUAGUGCUGCGCGUACAAAAAUGUUCCUUUUUUUUUUUUUUUUAGAAAUAUCGAUCUCAUUGUCAUUACAUAUAAGAUAUUUAAUAUGGCACCACCUUAUGGAAUGGUAACAAUUAAAUCAUAAGCCAAAUUAAAUUUAAAUUAUUAUGAUCCAAAUCUCAUAAUUUCAACCUCGGACUGUUUAUUUGCUGAAAAAAACAACUAGUUACUUAAAAAAAUGUAAUAACAAGCCAGUCUUUUGAACGACUAUUUGAAAGGAACGGUUCGCUUUAAACAGCCAUGUCGUAACGUUUAAGUGUCAUGGGCCAUUGGCAAGUUCAUAAAAUUGCUGAAAUACAGAUAAAAAAAUAAAAACAUAUUAAUUAAGCCAUCAUUCAUUCUCUCAUACUGCUACAUUAGUAGUGCAUUAAGAGAGAAAUUAAAGUAAUUAAAACAGUUUCGAUUCACAAAAAACAAACAAAAAAACGUUAAAUUCCGGAAAGUCCCGCCUUCUUGGAUUGUUCCUGAAGUUAACGUCCGCAUUGAACCGACACGCACGAAGCUAGCAAACCUACUAGCCAACGCCGACACUGUUUUAUAAUCGCCAUAUCUCUCUAUGUGAAUUUUUUUUCUCGGUUUUAACCCAGCCGAAUUUACAAUGACAUUGAAUUACAGCUUCCAGUGUCAUGUGGUGACAGGUAUGCGUUUUUAAUGGUGUUUUAUAGUGAUGAGCAUACAAAAAUGUUGCUUUUACAGUAGGAGAGUCGUCUCAUCAAACCAACAGCUGACAAAACCUUCAGUUCUGACGUGUAUUUUGCUUGUGUCCACAACUUAAACGAGCGAAUGAAUAUAAAUUGUAGACACUUUUAAGAUGUGAUACUUAGGGUUACCUUGUCUGGUUAGUUGAACUGAAUGAGAAUUAACUGCCAGGACGCAAGGAAGCUGUUACUGACUUUGUCCAGCAGGGGGCAAUGUUUCCCAAAGGAUGCUCGAGUGGGCUUCACAGCUCAUGCAAACACACCACUAUUUACAUAUUUUUCUAGUGUUCUUAGCAGGUAUUACUAGAUCUAUUAUUGAGGGUUAUAAGGUGUGGAGUUUUUUUUUUAGCGGUGCUAUUUUUGAGUGAAUAGCUACAAUGAGACGUUCCAGUGGCUCCAGCAGGGGGCGCUCCUCCUAUCGACAUAAAAGUUGAUGAAGACGACAGUAUAGGCAUCUUGCGCACACACACUUUAGCAGCACUAACCUUCCAGUGCGUCACGCCGACAGUCCUAAACGAGCAGACUGUUUUGAGGGGAACCACGUUUUAAGAGAAGCAUGUUUUGCACGGAGGUGAUCACCAUGUGUCUGCAGUCUGCCAAGCGCCAGCAGAAGCAGCAAAGCAGCGGACGAGAGCUCAGCAUCCUUCAUGAUAUAUUCCGCCGAGCAGAUAAAAAUGACGAUGGCAAGCUGUCCUUCAAAGAGUUCAACGCUUACUUCGCCGACGGUGUCCUAACGACGGUGCAGCUGCAGGAGCUUUUCUUCUCCAUUGACGGAAGACAGAAUAACAAUCUGGACACUGACAAGCUAUCAGAUUUUUUUUCUCAGCACCUCGGGGAAUAUCUGAAUGUCCUCUCAGCUCUUGAGAAGCUGAAUGUGGCCAUUUUAAAGGCCAUGUAUAAAACUAAAGAGGAGUACCAGGACUCGAGUGUUCUAGACCAGUUUGUGACCCGCUUCCUGCUGCGAGAGACGUCCAGUCAGCUCCUGUCCCUGCAGAGGUCGCUGCAGUGCGCCAUGGAGGCCGUGGAUGAGGAGAGCAGCCCCUUCAAGGGAGAGCAAACAACGACAGAGCUGCCGUCGGUGCUCACAAGUGGGCAUCGCUGUGGUCGCGGGCUCCUUGAUAAUGCCCAUUUAAACUGCCAAAACACAAGUAAGGAUGGAGGCGAUUGGAGCUCUCAAACUGCUCGGCUGCAGCAGCUGCUGGAUAAACUGGAGUGUCCAGGUCCAAAGUUGGAGCCUCUGAAGGAGGACACUUCCAACACGAGCGCGUCCAACAUCCUCCUGGUGCAGAGGAAGAUGGCUGUGAGUGACGACGACUUGGACCACUUUAGGAAAGUUCUCAAGAGCUACGUCGAUGCAACGUCGGCCCACUCGGACAACCUGCACAUCUCCGUUCAGAAGCUGCCGAAAAAGUCCUCUUACGUGGUUUACGAGUUCUGGCCAGACCGUGUCUCCUGGAUGAGCUACCUGCAGUCCAACGACAGCAAAGACUUCAAGCGCUGCAUAAUCGACAUGCUGGAGGAUGCUGAGGUGGUAACUACUAUGUAUCUACCAGCUUCCUGGUGGAUUAUGCCUAACAAUUGAACGGGGGGAGCGUCACAGCCACUGCCUACGCUGUCACACCGACGCUGGCAGUUCACCCACCUGCAUGGACGUACACACACACACACACACACACACACACACACACACACACGGGGGGGGGGGGGGGUUCAAAAGUGUUUGAAGGCUGUGUCGCCGUCUUGCCUGCUCCAGCAGCUCGUUGUUUUCAGCUGCUCAUUACUGCGCUAUUACAUGGUACACAAUGUGGGUGUUUGUGUGUAUUGUUGUGUUUUGUCAAGCCUUCGAACAAGCAAGCAUGAUAAUGAUGAUAAAAAGUUGUUUUAUACAUACCGUGUUUUUCGGAGUAUAAGUCGCUCCGGAGUAUAAGUCGCACCGGCCGAAAAUGCAUAAUAAAGAAGGGAAAAAACAUGUAUAAGUCGCACUGGGGUAUAAGUCGCAUUUUUUUGGGGAGAUUUAUUUGAUAAAACCCAACACAGGGACGGCGUGGCGAAGUUGGUAGAGUGGCCGUGUCAGCAAUCGGAGUGUUGCUGGUUACUGGGGUUCAAUCCCCACCUUCAAUAUUCCUAGUCACGUCCGUUGUGUCCUUGGGCAAGACACUUCAACCUUGCUCCUGAUGGCUGCUGGUAGCGCCUUGCAUGGCAGCUCCCUCCAUCAGUGUGUGAAUGGGUGAAUGUGGAAAUACUGUCAAAGCGCUUUGAGUACCUUAAAGGUAGAAAAGCGCUAUACAAGUAUAACCCAUUUAUCAUUUAUUUAUUUAUAACACCAAGAAUAGACAUUUGAAAGGCAAUUUAAAAUAAAUAAAGAGUAGUGAACAACAGGCUGAAUAAUUUUAGACUACUGUCUAAUUUUUUUAGACAGUAGUUUUGUAAGUUACCAAUCAGUCCUAUCGCCUCCAAAGAAGUUGCACACUAUUUUCCAACAACAACAACAACAAACCAAUCAUCUCUAUUUGGAGCAUCUCAGAUAUACAUAAAUGAAUGCUGAGCCUAGCUUUACUUUAAAAUACUAAUACAAAAAUUAACUGCAUCAAAUCACUACACAUGAUUCUCUAACAAUUUUUAGAUAAACAUUUUAGGACUAAAACAUAUAUCCACCAAGCAAGACGUCAAUCAGUCUUUACUGAACUGCAAUUGCAAGGCCAAAUUCAUGAAUGGUUGCGUAAUGCUGCCAUCUAGUGUUCACUAUGUGACCUGCACCUAAGGGAACAUGCAUGUGUGGUACAGGAGACUGAACUCUCGUUUAUCACCGGUUAAAGCCUUCCGGUCCCUAAGCAAAUAUCCGCGAAUUUCAAAUUAUAAACCGAAUGUUUUUUUGUUUUUUUAUAGCUACAGCAAAAAAAAACCCCGUGUAUGACCUUCUAAAUACGCAUCAUAACAUUAGUACAGCCUCGUAGACAUGAAAUAACACACACAAGUCACUUUCACACACAUUUAAUCCAAUAAGAGUCAGGCGGCCAAUCAGUGGCCACGAUACUUAAUGGCAUGCUCUGAUUGGCCAAUACGACUGUCGUAAUAAUAAUUGUAGUUCAUAAUGAACUACAAUUAUUAUUACGACAGUGUUGGAACAUUUUAAUUUCCGUCCAGUUUUUUCUUCUUCUGCUCCCUCGCUGCUGUGAGUGCAUAAAACUUUGUGGCGUCACACUGCCCCCCUGCGGUUAUUUUUGUGUACUACGCCUCCCCGAAACAACAACUUUCACUUUUUCCCCCCCAGCCAGUUUAGUUCAUAGUUUUGGAUGAUUACAGUUGUAAUUAAUGUAAUGAAUGUACGUAAUGAACGUACCAUUAUCCAUUAUUGUAAGGGAAUUAAUGUAAUUAAUAUAAUGAAUGUACGUAAUGAACGUACCAUUAUCCAUAAGGGAAUUAAUGUAAUUAAUAUAAUGAAUGUACGUAAUGAACGUACGCAAUGAACGUAAUGAAUUAAUGUAAGGGAAUCCAAAGACAAAAACAAAGCAGAAUUGAUGGCGGUAACUCUUAUUAUUUUUAUUUCGUACUUUUACGUCAAGAUAACUUCCUGUCAUGUGACUCGUACCAAAAAAGGACAAACGGGGUUAAAACAAAAAAAAUAGACUCUUUCUUACAACAAAAGACACGCAAUGUGUGUGUAGCUUUUUUUAAUAAAAGAUAAUUUAAGCUGUAUGGAAAAAACAAAAUCUCCUGAGGUUUCUCCACCUUAUGAUGAUGUCCAUUCCAAGUGCUAAACUGAAACCAAAAUGAAAUUAAAACAUGUUUGUUCCACCAUAGCAGGAGAGUUUGGUUGAAGGAUCCCAAAAGCAGAAAUGCAUAUAGUUAGGGACCACCUUAAUGUAUCCCACCCAGGCAUUUUCUGGCAAAAAAAAUUGGUGCUUUGUUUUCUUUUAUUAGUCUUUAUUGAUUAAACAAAAAAAGUUGACAUAAAGUAGAAUUUUUUUAUUUUUACUGAUGUAUUCCAUAACUGAUUGUUUCUCCAAAAAGGGUCGUGCAGUUUGAUCUUCAUACAGUAGGGAAGGGAUUCAUAUAACCCUAUUCCUAGGUGGGGGGGGGGGGGGCACAUUUUGCAAUGCGGUCUGCUGAAAAUGAUGGAAAGUGGCACUGUGGUCAAAGCUGGAAUUGCCAGAAAACCCUGUUUUGUUUUGGAUAUUUAACACUAUUGCCAUCUGGUGGCUAAAGUGGGUAGUUCCACCCUCGCUUCGUCACGUUUCAUGUGUCAGGUAGACUGGACGAACGGGGCCAUUUGAAUCCCCUUCCUGCUGUAAAUAAAACAAAACACAAAAAUGUUGUGGAAAAGUGUUUUUUUUUUUUGUGGAACUUUGGUGAGGUGAUACCUGAACGCUUUGUGUUCGUAUUGCCUUGCGAAAACACAUUUCCAGACGUUGUUUGACACAAUCGCACACAAUUUGGCGAAACGACGAGGUUCGGAAUCUGCGGAACAGGAAGUCGCUUUAGGGCUGCUUUUAUUACGCACAAUGUCAUCAUCAUCAUCUACAUUUAUACACAAAAGAAAGGAAAAGCUGCUGCUGUACAUAUUUUUAAUCUCUGUAAUCUGAGACGGGUCGUCAGCUGCUGGUCCUCUUUCUGCGCCCAGGGCGUGUUGUCCUGACGUGACCCACAAAUAGUUCGGCGAGGAGGCAAAACUCCUCAGUGUCCGUUGGUCUCGGGCGCCGAGGCCGGGGUGGAAGGGGUGGACGAGCGGGACGCCGCCUUCUCCGCGCCGGGACUGGACACCGAGGGCGCGCUGUCGGGGGCUUUGAUCCCGGCCAAGCCCGCGGGGGACGCCCGGGCGGCGGGGAUGGCGGAAACGGGUUUGGGCUGCGCCUGAAGUCCCGGGCUGCAGAUGAGGUGGUGCCUCUCCCAGUCUUUGUGCUGGCAGAAGGAGCCGCAGUAGCGCGCCGCGUUGCAGCCGCUGCACGUCUCGCUGGCUUUGCGGCCGCAAUUCCAACAACACUGAGGGGGGAGAAGGAGGUUUAAGGCGUGUAAUACUCUGCUGCCGCCAGCAGAGGCGCUGUUAUUACAGUCCCAACUCCAUUCAGGCAGCUUUGUUUUAUUCAAAAGGAGUUCAGAACAUCCAUAGAAGAAAAAAAAAUACAGAUUUUAAUGCAGGGGUGUCAAACUCAUUUUAGAUUGGGGGCCACAUGGAGAAAAAUCUACUCCCAAGUGGGCCGGACUGGUAAAAUCACGGCACGAUAACUUAAAAAUAAAGACAACUUUAGAUUGUUUUCUUUGUUUAAAAAUAGAACUAGCACAUUCUGAAAUUGUACAGAUCAUAAUGUUGUUGCUCUUCUUUUUACACUUACAUGUUGCGGUUAAUAGUAUUCUACCUUUUAUUUGUCGUUAUUUAUACUUUCUGAAUAAAUUAUGUGAUAAUGUUUAUCAGUCAACUCAUUGGUGUUCAUUUUCAAUCUAUCAAGGUAAAAAAAUGCUAUCAGCAUCAAAUUACAAGAUGUUAUUUAGGUAGUAUGUAGGGCUGCAACUGACAACUCAUUUGAUAAUCGAUUAAUAUGCCGAUUAUUCGAUUAAUUGAUUAAUAAUCGGAUAAAAGAGACAAACUACAUUUCUAUCCUUUCCAGUAUUUUAUUGGAAAAAAACCCAGCAUACUGGCGCCAUACUUAUUUUGAUUAUUGUUUGUCAACUGUUUGCAA